CGUCUUUGCAACAGAGUGCGCGGGGACGUGCACUCCAUGAUCUGGUUGUGUAUACAUGUGAGUCGCUCUGUCACGUCUGAAGUCUUGGCCGGAGUGUGGGGCUGGGAGUUACCGACACCUUCUCUCUCGUUUUACUAAAAGCCCCCCGAGUGUGGUCGUGCAGGAGCCACUCUCAGCUCCCUCUCUCUGACUUCCCAUUGGACGACCCGUUCACUUUUCGGGGAGGAGCUCCACUGGCAGCAAAAAAGGAGGAAAGAAUUUAACUGCGCAAAAAGUCCUGUGUGGUGGUGACGGAUGUCCAAAGUUCAGAACUUUUUCAAUGUGCGUUUCAUAGAGACACGCGGAGAGAUGGGGACGGCUUAGACGCUGCUGAGAUCCAAGCACACGCUUGCACUGCGGUCGAUACCCCCUUUCCCCCCCCCGUGUCUUUUUCUUCUUUAAGUCAGCAGUGAGGAACUGUGAUUUGAGCUUGCCCCUUCAGCCUUCAGAAGGAGGGAGAAGUGGAGAGCUCUCCGUCUGCCUAUUUUGGAGCUUUAUUAUUUUUUGUUGUUGUUGCGCCGGAUCAAAAGUUGAGACAUGCAGGCUCGCUACUCCGUCUCCAGUCCCAACUCGUUGGGCGUCGUGCCGUACAUCAGCAGCGACCCGAGCUACUACCGGGCCGCUGCCGGUGGGGGAUACACGGGGAUGCCAGCACCUAUGAACAUGUACUCUCACGCGGCUCACGACCAAUACCCAGCCAGCAUGGCCCGUGCGUAUGGACCGUACACCCCACAACCUCAGCCCAAGGAUAUGGUCAAACCCCCCUAUAGCUACAUUGCGCUCAUUACUAUGGCUAUCCAAAACUCGCCUGACAAGAAGGUGACCCUGAAUGGGAUUUACCAGUUUAUCAUGGAGAGGUUUCCAUUUUAUCGAGACAACAAGCAGGGCUGGCAGAACAGCAUCAGGCACAAUCUGUCUCUGAAUGAGUGUUUUGUCAAGGUGCCCCGCGAUGAUAAAAAACCCGGUAAAGGCAGCUACUGGACCCUGGACCCGGACUCUUACAACAUGUUCGAAAACGGGAGCUUCUUGAGGAGGAGGCGGCGGUUCAAGAAGAAGGACGCGCUGAGAGAGAAAGAAGAGCGGCUGCAGAAAGAGGUGCCGCCGAGGCAGCAAGGCCGGGAGCAGGAGCAGCCGGUGCAGGGCUCCCAGCCCGUGAGGAUCCAGGAUAUUAAGACUGAGAACGGCACCGUCACUCCGCCGCAGGCCGACUCGCCCACCUUGAGCACCGUGCCCAAAAUCGAGAGCCCGGACAGCAGCAGCAGCAUGUCCAGCGGGAGCCCUCACAGCAUCCCCUCCACCAGGUCCAUCGGCAUGGACAGUUCCGAGCACCACCAGCACCACGGUCAGGCCUCGACGCAGGGCUUCAGCGUGGACAACAUCAUGACCUCCCUCCGGGGGUCUCCGCAAGGGGCCACAGAGCUCACCUCCAGCCUCACCGCCUCCACCAGGACAGCCAUGAGCUUGUACGCCGGGGACAGAUCUAGCCACUUGGCACCGAGCACCACCGUGGACGAAACGUUGCCAGAUUACUCGGUCACAACCACCUCAUCCUCCCUGACCCACGGUAAUCUAAACUCUGGGCAGGAGGGCCACCAUCCCCACCAAGGGAGGCUGACCUCAUGGUACCUAAACCAGGCAGGAGACCUGGGCCAUCUGGGCGCAGCUUACCCAGCGCAGCAGCAGAACUUCCAUUCAGUUCGAGAGAUGUUUGAAUCCCAAAGAAUUGGCUUGAAUAACUCGCCGGUGAAUGGGAAUAACAGCUGUCAGAUGUCAUUCCCACCGAGCCAAUCCAUCUAUCGCACUUCGGGAGCUUUCGUAUAUGACUGCAGCAAGUUCUGACCAAAAAAAAAGAAAGAAAAAAAAGGUCGAUAUUUUCCUCACGGUGUUUGAACUCUCUCAGUAAAAUUCAACGCCCCCCCCCCCUCUCUCUCUCUCACCUGCCCCACACCACAUGGACUAAUAUGAGACAGCAAACAAAAAACAGAAAAGACUUGAUCUUGGUUUUUUCUAAAGAACAGUGUUACUGCAAAUAACACGUAAGUCUCUCUUUGCUUUUGUGGCUUUAUGUGAUAUGUUAAAAAAAAUAUGCCAGUUUUCAUGGACGUGUAAAUUGCAUAUAGUAAUUUAUUUCUAAACUGUAGCCGGAUAUUAUGGACCAAACACCAAAAAAAGUGUUUCUAAAUUUGAACUGCCUUAAUUGUCCAAAAAAUGUUCCAUUAUAAAAGUUAAAAAAAAAAAAAAAGGAACGUGUAUAUCGCCGUACUAUUUCAAAGAUUCUUCACUUGUUGAAAAGUAUUUUGAAGGAUUUGUUUGUUUGUUUAAUAAAUUGUCAUUUUACGUGA